GGCUGCUCGGUGUCUCACGCGGGGAUACACGGGGAGACGCACAUUUCACCUCCUCGUUAUUGUGUGUAGUCUCUGCGGACAGUGCCGGCUGGCUUUGCCCACCAAGUCCCCGCUAGUCUCACCAACUCUGAUGUCUCUGAUGUUGCGACAUCCGUGCUGCCACAUGCCGACUUUUGUUUUAGUCGCCGUUCUCUCCGCAACUUUCUCCGGACACUGAGGAACAGGUGGAGGAGCACCGGGGAGGAACUCCACUUUUUCAUGAGAGCAAAGCCGGAGCAUGCACAAGGGAAAGCGCGCGGCGUCGUCCCUUUUGCAGGAGCAACAGCUGAUUUGGUGAGCGCGUAAGCAGAGAGUGCAGGCUACUUACUGUCGGUGCACAGCCAGACUCCUGCUCUGUCACUCGGGCUCACAGGGUGACUCUGUUGGUGGCGCAGAGCGCGGCGUCUCGGUGGACAUUACGGUACCGGGACAGACUGGAGAGAGAACCGUGCGCACUGACAGGAGACCACAGCCUUGACACCGACGAUUUUCAUGGAAAUAUCACGAGUUGAUACCGAGCAUAAACACCUUGUAUGAAGAAGUCGGGAAGCAGACAACUUGGAUUAUACAGCGCUGUUCUCUUUUGCCUUGACUGAGAACAGUUGACUACAAAUUACAAAAAAGAAAGAAAAUGUUUACCGGGCAGCAGGCCGUGUGUUAGGGCUCUUUUGCUUCCGGUAUAAGGCCCAGCUGAACAAGAAACCGAGCAGUUUUCUCUCUCCCACACACUUUUUUUUUGGAAGCCGAACUUUUCAGAGUGGAAAAUGGGUCUUUGAGAGUGUUUGGCACACUUCCCUACACCACAAUGGCAACCGAAACCUUUCUGUUGAAUGAAGAACCCUCCAGAGGUCCUGGAAUGCCUGAAUGCUUUGUAGUAUCAGAUUCAUACAGGGAUGAAUUUCAUCCCUUCAUUGAGGCCCUCCUCCCCCAUGUCCGUGCCUUCUCCUACACCUGGUUCAACCUGCAGGCCCGUAAGCGCAAGUACUUCAAGAAGCACGAAAAGAGGAUGACCAAGGACGAGGAACGCGCAGUGAAGGACGAGCUGCUGGGGGAGAAGCCAGAGAUCAAGCAGAAGUGGGCCUCGCGCCUGCUGGCCAAGCUCCGCAAGGACAUCCGGCCCGAGUUCCGCGAGGACUUUGUGCUCACCAUCACAGGGAAGAAGCCCCCCUGCUGCGUGCUGUCCAACCCCGACCAGAAGGGCAAGAUCCGCCGCAUCGACUGCCUCCGCCAGGCCGACAAGGUGUGGCGGCUGGACCUGGUGAUGGUCAUCCUGUUCAAGGGCAGCCCCCUGGAGAGCACGGAUGGGGAGCGGCUGGUCAAGUCGCCGCAGUGCUCCAACCACGGCCUGUGUGUCCAGCCGCACCACAUUGGAGUGACAGUGAAGGAGCUGGACCUCUACCUGGCCUACUUCGUCCACACACCAGAACAAUCAGGACAAUCAGACAGCUCAAACCAGCAAGGAGACACAGACGUCAAGCCCCCACCAAAUGGCCACUUGAGUUUCCAGGACUGCUUUGUGACUUCAGGGGUGUGGAACGUAGCCGAGCUGGUCCGCGUGUCACAGACUCCGGUGGCUACAGCGACAGGCCCCAACUUCUCCCUGGCUGAUCUGGACAGCCCUGGCUACUAUAACAUCAACCAGGUGACCUUGGGACGGCGCUCCAUCACCUCCACCCCCUCCACCAGGACUGAAAUGGAGCUUUAUGCAAGUCUCCCACGGAGCUCCAACAAGCGCAAGUCCAUUGACGACAGCGAGAUGGAGAGCCCGGUGGACGAUGUCUUCUACUCAGGCCGUUCCCCGGCGGCUGGCAGCAGCUCUCAGUCCAGCGGUUGGCCUAAUGAUGUGGAUGCAGUGCAGCACCAUUUGGCCAGUGUGCAGGAGAGGAAGAUUAAGCAUGAGAGCGAUGGAGUGCAGUUUCCUUACCAUGGACUCUCAUCGCCUGGUUCUCUUAAGAAGCCGGGGAAAUUCGAUUUCAGCGCCCUGUCCUCCCAGACGAGGUCCCCCCGCAUGGCGUUCACCCACCACCCACUGCCAAUGCUGGCGGGAGUGAGACCAGGGAGUCCCCGUGCUUCAGCCUCGGCCCUGCACUUCCCAUCUCCCUCCAUCAUCCAGCAGUCUAGCCCCUAUUUCACCCACCCAACCAUCCGCUACCACCACCACCCUGGACAGGAUCCCCUGAAGGAAUUUGUGCAGUUUGUCUGUGCUGAUGGCUCGGGGCAGGCCGCCGGACAGCAUACUCCACGCCAGGCGCCACAGCUCCCAACAGGUUUGUCGGCAUCGGAUCACGGGACAACAACUUUCUGAACAUCCCGCAGCAGACACAGUCUUGGUUCCUCUGACAAGACCUGUGUGCAAACCAGCAACUAGAAUUCUUUCUUUACAAUCGGAAAUAGAAAAACAGAGAAACAACCCGCAGGAUGAUAAUUGUCCUCCAACCGACCCACCGACCAGCCCUUACAGUAUGUCUCACCUAACAUUAAAUAUAACCAAGCAACGCAGGAAAAUUCAGCAGCAUGACGCUUUUAGAGGAACUCUGGACUCAUUUACCCAGUCAGAGGGAGGACCCGUUUCGAGCAAAGAUGGAUAGAUGGAAAGAUGAACGGAUGGACACGAGGAUGCAAGGAUAGUGGAGGAUAAGGGGACAAACGGCAGCAAGCAGCUAGCAGGUAUCUCUCCUGAAACCAAUGAACCAGCACAACAUGGCAGCAACGCAGGAGGAACCUGAGGAGGAAAAAGCAGUCAACUUCUCCUACUUCACAAGGA